AUGGAGACGUUUGGAUUCCUGAUCGACAGCAGAGCCUCUACCCCGGUCAGGUGUUCACGCUCGUGUCCGCCCCUCUGUGCUUGUUACGAGCACGCCAACCUGGUGGACUGCCGUGCACGUGGGUUCGAACACGUUCCCCGGGGCGUCCCUCAUGGAACCUUGAUGCUGGAGCUGGGAGGAAACAACCUGAGUGAGAUCAGCUCCCAGGUCUUCACUGGCCUGUGGUCGCUGAAGGUCCUGGUGAUGAGCAACAGUCAGAUUCAAGUCAUCCAACCACAGGCGUUUUCCUCUUUGUCCUUCAUGGAGAAGUUGGAUCUGAGCUGGAACCAGUUGACGUUGCUCCCAGUCGACUUCUCCACCAGUCUGUCUGCGCUCAGAGAACUUCGACUGGAUCACAACAACUUGUGUUACUUAUCUGGACACAGCCUGGAGUAUCUGGACAACAUGGAGAAGCUGGACCUGAGCUACAACCAGCUGGUGUCUGUGGGUCCUGGUGUGUUCAGAGGUCUGUCCAGACUCAGGCAGCUCCACCUGCACCACAACCGCCUGAGUGGGCUGCAGCGGGGGGGCCUGGACAUGCUGCCUGGACUGGAGGUGCUCCAGCUCAGCUACAACAACAUCUCUCAGAUCGACAGUGACGCUCUGGCUCCUCUCUACAGUUUAGCCGUUCUUGCUCUGGAGGGAAACAACCUGCGACAACUGAAGUUCAAGACGUUCCUCAGCCUGCACACCACAGCCACUCACAUCCAGCUGUCAGGGAACCCGUGGAGCUGCGACUGCGAGCUGCAUCGUGUCUUCAGUAAGAUCCUCUACGUUCGCCACCUCCACAUCGACGACUACAGCAACGUGACGUGCCAGGAGCCGCCGCAGCUGGCCGGCGCCUCGCUGGCCUGGGUGGACAGUCGGCUCUGCAUCGCCGAGACCGUCACCGUGCUGGUCAUCAUCGUCACCGUGCUGGUCAGCGUGGUGGCGGCCGUGGUCAUGGCCGAGAGGAACAGGAAGAGUCACCGGGAGAAGAACUGGGACACGGAGUCACAGACUCAAACCCAGAGUCCACCGUCCUGA